AUGGAGGUUGGUUCACGCUCGUCUCAUCGAUUGACUGCUGUGGAAGCUCUCAAGCUCAUGCAGGAAGUGAUGCAGGGGUUAUCGGACCCUGAGAACAUAGAAGACUUAGAUGUAAAAUAUGAAGUUUGCAGCAGUGAUUCAGACAGCAGCGAUUGUAGCAAUCAUAGUCAGAGAGGAGUUAGAGCUGACAAGUUUACGUCCAGUCAUCAGUCUUUUCACACAACUAAUGUUAAUGGGACAUCGUUACAGCCUGGGCCAAGUAAAGUCAAACGACCAAAGCUGUCUUCAUAUCAUGACAGCGACGACCAGUGGCACGAAGUAGAUUCUCCAUCACAGGUCAAAACAAAAGUGUUAUAUGACUUUUGCCCGAAAAAUGGCGGUAAUCCUGGCGUGACCCCAAACUUGACUGCAGAGUCUACACCGCUUGACUGUUUUUUACAGAUUUUUACAGACGAUGUGGCCAAUGUGCUACUUGAUUCUUUGAAUAAUUGCACUCGUUCACAUAUUCCAAGAAACUCACAUGCCUGGAAUAAAUCAGAAACUGCUGCAUCGUGGGCCCCAAUGGACAUUUUUGAAUUACGAAAAUUUAUUGCUGUAACAACGGCAAUGAGCUUGGAUAGACGCUCUUUACUUCAUAAUUACUUUUCCAAGCAUCCAGCUUUAUAUACACCAUUCUAUUCUCAGAUGUUUACAAGGGAACACUUCAGAAAAAUCUUUUGUGCAGUGCAGGCUUUAGGCAACCCUAAUGCUGAUGCCAAGAAUAAAAUAGAGCCGUUUGCUAAAAUACUUGUUGAAAGAUUCAGUGAAGCUUUCACGCCUUUUGAGAAAGUUGCCGUUGAUGAGAUGAUUAUAGAAAAUCAAGGACGCUGGUACUACAAGCAAAUGAACACUUCAAAACCAGCGAAGCACCGAGUUAAAAGUUUUGGGUUAAUAGAUAGUUCUACAGGAUAUAUAGUGAAUUUAUAUACAUAUUUUGGUAGCAACACAGGUUAUGAUACAGAUUCUGACAGUGAUGAGUUGGGUGGGGAUGCUGAAGACAUAUUUAGAACUCUUCUCAGUCCCUUAGGCACAGGAUACCACAUUUUUGCUGAUAAGUGGUACACAACUAGGUCCUUAAUUAAUUCUCUCUUGGAUAAACAGUACCAUUAUACUGGUCAAGUACAGGCAGGUAGAGAAGGCUUUCCUGCAGCUUUGAUCAAUAUGGAAUUAGAGCCAAUGGAAUCCAGGUAUUGGUUGCUGCUGGAUGAGUCCUUGCUGUGUGUUACCUGGCUGGGCAGGAAAGAUCAAGAACCUGUCACUAUAGUUUCUUCCAAAGCAGUUGAAGAAGUAAAAGCCCCGGGGAAAUCAAAGCCAAUAAUUAUUGACAAGUACAACACGAGGAUUCAUUGCUGUGACACGGGUAUGAAAACUGAGAAUUUUAAUCUCUUUGACAAAAAGAGUAGGCAGUGGUGGAAAAAAAUGUUUCAUUGGCUGUUGGAGAUAGCUACCAUUAAUGCACACAGACUGUAUGUUCUGACCCGGCCAUCUGAGUCAAAGCCUCAAGACCUCACGCUGGAAGCAUUCAAACUGCAUCUGAUCGAACAGCUGGCAUUGUUUGCCACAGGGGCUACACCAGGUACUGGUCAACUGACAGAAGCUGGACGGGCACGAGUCUUCAACCCCGUUGAAAGGCUUCAGGAUGCAAAACAUAUUAUUUCGUAUGAUAAGUCAGACCUGCGAUGUAAAGUCUGCAGCACGCCAAAGAAUGUCAAGAGAACUCAUUUUGUCUGUGAAGGAU